GUGGGCUGUGACAACGAGGGUGAGGGUGGUGGUGGCGGCUGUAACGGCUCGAGUUGGUAGUGGCCUGACCCAACCCUUCCUUCCCUCUUAACAUCGGGAACAUUCUUUUCUGCCUCAGAUCUGGUGUUCUUCCUCAGCGGCUCAGAACUUGUGGCCUUCAUCUCCCUCGGCCUACCAUAAAGUUUGAGUAGUUUGUCCAUCAUCUUAUUCACGAUUUCCAUAUCCUCCUCCAACGAUUUCAUGCCCUUAUGAACAGAACUGAUGCCAUCCUCCGAUUCUUUUCCAUGCAAAACACUGCAGGUUCGAUCUCGCUCUGGUACCAAUUGAUGUACACCCAGAAAAUCAAAGAUUAAAUAAAAGGAAAUGAAUGCUUCUUACCAAUCAAAUGCUUACAAAGGGGGGUUUUCUGGCUUUCGAGAGGCCAGAAUCUCUCCACAUGACCCACACCCAAAAGGUGUUUAACAAACAGAAUGACUCACCUACUGGAUCUGACGAGUUAUUUAUAGUUAAGCAUAUGGAAUACCUACUUGUAUGCUCUAUGCAGUAACUACUUGUACCACUACUAAUUUAACGGUAUAAUAAAAGGCUACCUUCGAACUUCAGAAUUGAUGCUUAACCAAAGUUUAGAAAAAGAAAUCAGAUCAUUACGUUACACAUUACACCAAGGAACAAAAAUAGAUCAAUAUUAGUAUUCAAUUUGUUCGGUAUAUCAUAUUGUUUUUCAUUUAAAUAUACCAAGCUAGACUGCAAAAGUUGAUGCGUAUCUCAUCAAUUUCCCAAAUGUUGGAGUGUGGAUUCAUAAAUUCUCUGGUGGAACCUUGAAUUGCCUGUAAGGUUAUUCCAUAUUGGUUUGCCGGUAAUCAAUCUUUCUCCUCGUGAUAGAAAGUUUUGUCUGUAUUAGACCAUAAGACAGAGACCAUCACUGGAAUCGUUUAUAGCGUUUGUUUGUUUUUCGUAUGUAAGAUGUUAAUCAUGUUAUCAGAUCUGAUAUACACUUUACAUGAGUUUGGUUGCUCAUGUUACUGCCAGAUAUACUAAAGUAUGCAAUCUAUAUUCAGUCUUUGUUAUCUACUGCUUGAAUUAGUCAAUUUGCAGGUUCCUUAAUACUCGAUGGAGUGGAUGUUACUGGAUACCCCGUAUUUGAUGACCCAAAGACAGGUGCAGAAGGCAAUUGCAUUUGCAAGGAAAGCUCAUCAUGGUCAGCUUCGGAAAACAGGAGAGGCAUAUUUAACCCACUGUAUCAAUACAGCAAAAAUCUUAGCUGUCCUAGUUCCUUCAACUGGGAAAAAGGCUGUUGAUACAGUCAUUUCUGGCAUACUACAUGAUGUAGUUGAUGAUACAUGUGAAAGCUUGUACAGCAUAGAGAGAGAGUUUGGUGAAGAUAUAGCAAAACUGGUAGCUGGUGUGUCCAGGUUGAGUUAUAUCAAUCAGUUGUUACGAAGACACCGCAGGGUAAAUGUGAAGCAGGCUACCCUUGGCUAUGAAGAGGCAAAUAAUUUAAGAGUGAUGCUCUUGGGCAUGGUUGACGAUCCACGUGUGGUGCUCAUCAAGCUUGCAGACCGUCUACACAACAUGAGAACCAUUUAUGCUCUACCCUCGGCCAAGGCUAAAGCUGUAGCACAGGAGACUUUGGUCAUUUGGUGCUCUCUUGCAUCAAGAUUGGGCCUUUGGGCUUUAAAAGCUGAACUUGAAGACCUCUGCUUUGCUGUUCUUCAGCCUCAGAUCUUCCGCCAGAUGCGAUCUGACCUGGCCUCCAUGUGGACACCCAGCAGCAGGGUAGGCAACCUGAGAAGACUAUCUGCCAAAAGCAUCUUAAAUGCAGAACCAGACAGAAAGAGCUUAACUCCCGAGUAUGAAGCAUCAAUAGAUGAUGUCAUAGUAAGCAUGAAGGAUCUUUUGCAAGCUGUUCUUCCAUUUGAUCUCCUACUUGAUCGAAGAAAGCGUGUUAAAUAUAUUCAAGAUCUUGGGUCAUGCGCAGAGGUCCAAACAAAACCAAAAGUUGUGAGGGAUGCUGGAAUUGCCCUAGCAUCUCUGGCUGUUUGUGAGGAAGAACUGGAACGCGAGUUGUUUAUAUCAACCUCCUAUGUUCCUGGAAUGGAAGUAACCUUAUCUAGCCGCCUAAAAAGUUUGUACAGCAUCUACAGCAAGAUGAAUCGUAAAGAUGUCAGUAUCGAUAAAGUAUAUGAUGCACGUGCGCUGAGAGUAAUUGUUGGCGAUAAAAGUGGAACAUUAAAUGGACAAGCUGUUCGAUGUUGUUACAGUCUUCUAAAUAUCAUACACAGGCUUUGGACACCAAUUGAUGGCGAGUUUGAUGAUUACAUUGUCAAUCCAAAGCCAAGUGGAUAUCAGUCUCUGCACACGGCAGUGCAUGGUCCAGAAAACACACCCUUGGAAGUCCAAAUAAGAACACAGAGCAUGCAUGAAUAUGCGGAGCAUGGAGUCGCUGCCCAUUGGCUUUAUAAAGAAGUUGGUAAUAAGUUGCCUGCCAAGAGCAGUGUAAUUGGUUCCGAAAUAACAUCAUCCUCAUAUCUCUCCAAUGACCUGGAAGAUAAAACUCCACUUGAUGAUCAUGUGUUUCAGAAGUACAGUUCCUUAAAAGCAGGACAUCCGGUCCUUAGGGUUGAAGGAAGUCAUUUACUUGCUGCAGUUAUUGUCAGAGUGGAUGAGGAUGGAAGAGAUCUGCUCGUGGCUGCGAGCUUUGUACUCGCUGCUUCUGAAGCAGUUGCAGACAGAAGAUCUUCUUCUCAAAGAAAGCGGUGGGAGGCUUAUGCAAGAUUGUACAAAAAGGUAUCAGAUGAAUGGUGGUUUGAACCAGGGCAUGGGGAUUGGUGUACCUGCUUGGAGAAGUAUACACUCUGUCGUGAUGGCAUGUACCAUAAGCAAGAUCAAUUUCAGCGCCUACUGCCGACAUUCAUUCAAGUAAUUGAUUUAUCUGAAUCAGAAGAAAUUGAAUACUGGAAUGUAUUGUCUGCUGUGUCAGAGGGGAAACAGCUUGAUUCUGUGUCAUUGAACUCGAGUUCCUCUGAGAGGUCAGCUUUGAGUUCUGGUUGGUCUACCCCCAUGGAAGCUGGCAUCAACAAUAAGGUGCUCCUACUGAGGACAAUGCUUCAAUGGGAGGAACAAUUGCGAUCUGAAGCAGGUUUCCAACAACCAAAGCUCGCUAAUGUGGUUCCUCUCGGGGAAAUAGCAGUCGUGUGUUGGCCAGAUGGUGAGAUAGUUAGAUUGAGAAGUGGGAGUACGGCUGCAGAUGCUGCCACCAGGGUCGGACUCGAGGGCAAGCUGGUUUCUGUAAAUGGCCAGGUUGUGUUGCCUAACACGGAGCUUAAAGAUGGGGAUGUUAUUGAAGUCAGAGUUCGAUAAAUGUUGUGAUUUGGGAAUAUGUGUACAUAUUAUGUAAAUGGGUGUACUAAGAUCUUUAAGGGAUCAGGAUUUUUUUAAUACAAUUUCUAACAUUUUAUCCAUGUACAUAAACCACAACACAAGUUUGCUGCAAUGGAAACAAACUUGAUUUGAAUUUUUAUUGGCUUAUUC